UAAUAAAUAAAUUUCGAAGGAGGGUGACUUCGAUGAUGAAUCACCAUAGCGAUACGAUAAACAGUUGGGGAAAAGAUUUCAAUCGAGUUGGCUGGAUUUCGACGGGGCACUUCUUGGCUUGAGUUUUGAUUUAGGUAUCGUGAUUUUUGGUUCCGUGGAUUCAUCUCAGAUUCUAGGGCAACGGUCAACACGUCACGAUGGAUGAUCAACCGAAAGCGGAGGGUGAAGCUGAUAAGAAAAUUGUGCAUAUUUAUCCACUAGUGAAGUUUUCCGACAUGAAUGACGAUGUCCGGGCCGAGGCGAUAGAACUGAGCAUUACAGCGUGUGAGAAAUACGCACAAAACUAUGAGCACGCCGCCAAGGCAAUCAAGGAAUUGAUGGACAAAAAAUUUGGCACCUUUUGGCACGUGGUCGUCGGCGAAGGAUUCGGUUACGAAGUGUCCUACGAAACCAAAAACAUCCUGUACCUGUUCUUCGGCGGUAAUUUGGCUAUCGUGCUGUGGAAGUGUUCGUAAAGCGUGAUUCGGAAAACGUUAGAUUGAUAAUAAACCGUUAGAAUAUUUUAUUGUACAUAAGAUAACGGAGAAUGUGUUUGUUUUUCAUAAGUUUGUACAAAAAUGUAAAUGAGUGUGCAAUGCAUCCGCCAGAAGUGGAUCCCCGAAAAACUAAUGAUGAUUUAAAUAUCGAUUAGCAAAAUCGGAGAAUAAGUUCUUUUGGUAUCCACUUCUAAAUUGUAUGAUUUCUGUAAA